AUGACAAAACAUUAGUCGGGGCACAACCUGAUGGCACCACCAGCUCUCUCUCACCUCCGAAACCACCAGCAGCUCGACUUGAGCUGGGAUGCGCAGCCGAGUUAUCCGCCUGGCCACGUUGCGUGGAGCUCCGCAGCUCGCCACUGGAGUAACCAGCAUUCGGCCCAGAUGGUCCCCCGGUACCCGGCACCGAGCUUCGAGACGCCCGCAGUGGCGCACCCGAGCGGUGCAUUCAUGGAUAAACUUGUAGAACCAGAACCGUCGCACGGGAGAUCUCACGAUGCUGACCCCAAACUAAAAGCCCCUACCCGGGAUGCGUGGAGCGGUGACCGGGGGACUACCAGUGCAAGAGGGGGCAAGAAGAAAAAUUACCAGCGGUACCCCAAACCACCAUACUCCUACCUUGCAAUGAUUGCCAUGGUGAUUCAACGCUCUCCAGAGAAGAAGCUGACGUUAUCUGAGAUUCUGAAGGAGAUCAGUACCCUCUUUCCAUUCUUCAAGGGGAGCUACAAAGGCUGGAGGGAUUCCGUGCGACACAACCUGUCUUCAUACAACUGUUUUGUUAAGGUGUUAAAAGAUCCCAGCAAGCCUCAGGGCAAAGGUAACUUCUGGGCCGUGGAGCUGAGCUGCGUUCCCAUGGAGCUCUUAAAGAGGCAGAACACGGCCGUGUCCCGCCAGGAUGAGACCAUCUUUGCUCAGGAUCUGGCCCCUUACAUCUUCCAGGGACACAAGAUCGAUUUGGAACCACCGCCGCCCACUGACCCCGUGACCGCUCUCCCUCCCAUGCAGCCCAGUAACCUCUCCCCACCCCAGGAGGACUCAUUCCGGCCCAAACUGGACUCAUCCUUCGCUAUUGACUCUUUGCUCCACAGCCUUCGCCCUAAUAGUGGUUCAGAGGACAUGAGAGACUGCUGGGGCGAGACUGAGCCCCCCCAGUUAUCGCCCCCUCCGCACCCUCGCUACGCUUCCUCCGCCCGCAGCGUUUCUGCCAGCUCGGCUAGCCCAGCGUCCACCUCCUCUUUUUCUUCUGAGGAAGACUGGAAGUGGGUGUCUCUUCAUGGCAAGCGUCUCCCCCCUGACGGUCAAGCUGGGUACGAGGAAUACAAACCUCCUCUGCAAAAGUCAGCUCGACGGGAUGCUAUUGCGGUCCCUUGGGAGCUGCCCACCUCCUAUACCAAAUACGCCCCACCCAAUGCAGUGGCCCCGCCAAGCACGCGGUUCAACAGCGGGUCGCUAAUGCCCCUACACGGUGGACUUCCUCUUUACGGCUACGGGAGCUCUCAUAUGGCGCCGGGUCACUUUCUGGGCCACACCUACUGGCCCAUCCUUCCUAGCGGACGGGUUUCCGUCCAACCCACUCCGCUCAUGAUGGACUUGGACAACAUGCUGAAGUCUGUGCCACCAAAUAAGAGUGUGUUUGACGCACUAAUGGCUCCCAAUGAAAACUCGCAUCACCAAGCAGCCAGUCAAUACUCCCUGCAGAAUGGGUUAGCCUUAAACCGGUACUCUCAGUACUGA